AUGGGGACGCGGCGGUACGGAGCCUUGGAGUCGGGUGAUGGGGGAGAGCCCGCGUCGUGGGACCAAGUCGGCGAGGACGCGCUGAUGAGGAAGGUGCGGGAGCUGAGAGCAGCGCUGGGCGGGCGGGCGAAUGUGCGCUCGCAGGCAGUGACUCAGGGCAGCACGGACGAACCCCUCGGCUCCACCAUCAUGGACCCGCUCGGCCUGGGCCCACUGGACGUGGAGCACAUGUGUCUGCAGAGCCGCUAUGACAAGGGCAAGCCUGCGCCCGACCGUGCCAUCCAGCCAGAGAUGCUGGUGAAUCUGGACGAGGCGUUUGAGCCGAUGCUGUACCUGACGGUGGUGCACGGGGGCAGCAGUGCGCGCGAGCUGGAGGAGGGGCGGGAGAAGCUGGGCGAGACGAUGCAGCGCGAGAAGGAGCAGCUCAAGCGCCUCGUGCAGAACAACUUCGACUGCUUCAUCUCCUGCAAAACCACCAUCAACGACAUCGAGCGUGGGCUGGCGUCAAUGAAGAGGGACUGUGCGUUGGACACGCUAGCAGCCGCCAUAUUCAACGUGGACCAUCACUCCAAGACCGCCUUCGGCCCGCUGCUCGAACGCAGAGCGCAAGUGCAGCGCAUACAGUCAGUGCAGGGGCUGCUGCUGCGCUUCCGCACGCUCUUCAACAUGCCAUCCGCCAUCCGCGCUCACCUGCGCAAGCACGAGUACGACAGCGCCGUGCAUGAGUACCUCAAGGCCAAGUCCAUCUCUCUAACCGGCCAUUCGAACAUCCUGCGGAGGGUGAACGAGGAGGUGGAGAAGGUGGUUGAUGAGUUCAGCCGUAUCCUGUACGCGCAGAUGAGCGACCCCAACGCUCCCCCCGCCACUGUAGAGAACGCCAUCCGGCUGCUGCUAGAGAUCGACCCGGACAGCGACCCGGUGUGGCAGUACGUGGGCAUGCGGGAGCGGCGCAUCCGAGGACUGCUGGAGGCGUGCGUGCAGCAGCAUGAGCGCCGCGUGCAGGGCAUCCGCCGGCGGAGGCAGGAGAAACGCGAGGAGGAGCACCAGUGGCGCCUGCUGCAGCGCAAACCCCAUGAGAAGCUGGAGCCGGGGCUGGCAGCGUUUUUGAACGGGGAAGUGGAGGAGCAGGAGGAGGCGGAGGAUGUGUUGGAUGGGGAGGAGGAGGAGGAGGUGCAGCAGCAGCACGCGCUGCUCGUGUGCCGCCUCGCCGCCGUGCUGCAGCAGCACCUGCCGCAGCUCUGGAAGGUCAUGCUUGGUAUCUUCACUGGCAAGUUCGCCAACUUCUCAAAAGAGACUCCGGCAGCAGCAGCAUACCCCUACGCAGGAGCAUACGGAGCCAAGCCCCCGCUACCGCGCUCCAACUCGGGCCUCUCGAACCAAUCCGGGGGCGGCGCAUACCGCAAGCACACGCAGAUGGAGGGGGUGGCGAUGGUGAUGGGCAUCGUGGGCGUGUUUGAGGGCCAUGUCACCGACGCCUUCACGGCCCUCGAGAGCACCCGCGAGCUGCGCCCCUACAUGCUGCAGGCCGUCACGGCUGUUGCACAGGCCUCCUCCGCCUUCGCUUCGACUGAGGCGGCUCCUCCCUUAGCAGUGCAAGCGCUGCACCAGUUGCGCAUCACCAUCACAGCCCGAUUCGUGCGGCAGCUGUGCUUCAUCAUGCGCGGAGCAGCGGGGGACGUGGCGAGGCAGGAGGACUGGGUGCCGGCGCCCGCACACCUCACCAAGGGAUCAGAAUUUGAUAUCUCGCACUUCCCCGUGCGCUUUGGCGAUACCGUGGGGGCCGCUUUGGACCAGAUCACACAGGCUCUAGCACAGCUGUCAAAGGACGGCCUCAGCAUCCCCGUGGCAAGCGGGUCGGAUGCAGCAGCAGCGCAGGCAGUGGCAGCGGCGGAGGUGUGGCGGAUGUAUGCGUCGGUCAAGACCACCUUCUACGAGUCCUUUGUCGAUGCAUGCGCUCUCAAGGGAGCGGAGGUGUGGCGGAUGUAUGCGUCGGUCAAGACCACCUUCUACGAGUCCUUUGUCGAUGCAUGUGGCGCUGGGGCAGAUGGCAAAGCAGCUGCCAGACGGAUCCACUCCCCCGGAGGGGGAGGAGGGGGCGGAGGGCGGGGAGGAGGGGGGGAGGCGGGGGGAGGGGCGCCGCAGUUUGAGGGGCUACAGCAGGGCGUGGAGGUGGGCAACCCCCAUCAGCGCAUCCUCAUGCUCCUCAGCAACGCCGGCUUCUGCCGAUCUGUCGUUGCUCGUGACCUCGCCCAGCGCUACCAGCACCUCUGGAACGACCCCAGUGCCGCGGCCCCAGCAGCCUCUCGUCCAGGGUACACCCCACCCGCACUAAGCGAGGUGGAGCAGCUGCUGGCAGACGUGGAGCGCGUGUUUGUGGAGGCGGAGACAGCGGUGGGCGACCAGUACAUAGCGGCCAAGGCGCAGCACCUGGGCAUGGCCGUCAUCCGCUACUUCCAAGAGGACGGCACCAACUGGGCUACUGCUCCCCCCGUCAAGGGUCUGCGGGACUCAGCCCUGGAUCUCAUCCUGCCCCUCGUCGCUGUGCAUGCUGAGGUAUCAGCGGGGUGCAGUCCAUUCGUGGACCGCGCGAUCAACACAUUAGCGGAGGGCCUGAUGGACGCGCUGCACCAGGUGGCCUUUCAGCAUGAAGACCUUGAACAGCUCGACGCCAACGCCUUCUGCCAACUCUCCCUUGAGCUGGACUAUUUCCAAGCGGUGCUACAGCCGUUCGCAUCGCCAGCACUGGACGACAUAAUAUUCCAGCUGCGAGACAUGCUGCUGCACCGCACCAUGCAAUCCAUCGCUGCCACCGGCCCGCCGCCCGACGACCGCCCCAGCUACGAGCGCCAGCUGUCGCGGGGCGGUGGGAUGCGGUCGGGGGAGUGGGGCGAGGAGAGGGACAUCCCCACGCCGCAGACACCUGAGCAACUCAAGGGCAUAGCGGACAGCCUGUCAGCGGACCUGCUCCCAGGGGAGCUGAGGCGCACGCGCGUGAACGUCUUCUGCUUCGGCCUGCGCCUGCCCGACGACCCCUUGCUCUCCUCCUCCUCAGGCGCCUACGACAAUGCCUCCACCAUCCAUGGCGCGCAGUCCACCAUCUCCUCCUCCUCCGGCUCCAGUGCCACGCGCGCCUACUCCGCCGUUCUCCCCGUGCCUGAUACCUCUGCUGCCCUUGCUGCCCGGGCUAGAGCUGCUGGUGCUGCCUCUGUCACUGCUGCUGCGGCUGCUGUUGGGGAGGGGUACAGGGCGGGAGCAGCAGCGGCUGCUGCUGCUGGUGCCGGUGGCGGGGUGGGGCCAGGGGUUGGGGGGACACCGAGGACAGCUGGGCUGAGAGGGUCGUAUGAAGGGGCAGGGUAUGGGGGAGGAGCAGGGGGAGGGAGAGGGGCGUAUGGAGCAGCAGGAGGAGGAGGUGCAGGAGCAGCAGGGGCAGGGAUGUAUGGGGGAGCAACAGGGGGGGUAGCAGGGGCGUAUGGGGGAGGAGCAGGGGGAGCAGGUGGGGCAUACGGGGGGGCGGGAGGGGCAGCGGCAGCACCAUAUGGGGGAGCAGCAGUGCCCGGGUCUGCUGCUAGGGCUCUGGACAGGAGAGGGCAGCCGGGGGCACGCGGCUAUGGUGGCGGCUACUGA